AUGAUUUUUACGAGAAAAUUUAACAAGUUGCUUAUUUUAAUACCUUUGGGUGCAUAUUUUAUAUUCGUUAUUUUAUAUACGGUUACAGUCACAUUGGAAAACUCAUCUAUUGAUGGAUAUGAGAAUGUCUACGCUGAAAGAAAUUUAAAUGGUCACGCGAAAUUUAAUGGGAACAAUACAUCGGGGACGAACAACCAGGUGUUACCUUGGUAUUUUUCUAAUGGAACUAUACGUCCAAACAUUACAAGUAACAAGCAAAACUUAUUAUAUGUUGACGGUUCGGGUGAUCGGAUUAUUGAACAGCUUAUGUACGUUCCUAAUAAGUACAAUGCCGAAACCGCACAAAUGAAGAAGGUGUCAGUCUACAACGGAUUGAGUAGAUGGGCCCAACGCGCGGAUACUGUUAGUGUAGAUGCCAUAGUAUUUGAACAGCCGUUCUUUAAUUUCCCCAUCAACCGAAAUCUAAACCAAGUUUGGAUUUUGUACUUGUUGGAGUCAGCUCCUAACUCGCAGAGCUUAGUUUCGUAUAACAACGUUUUUAAUUGGACAGCAACUUAUCGCAAGGACAGCGAUUUGGUUGCACCGUACGCCAAAUGGGUCUAUUACGAUCCCCAGGUAACUGGAAAAACUCAAAAAACGAAUUACGCCAAAAAUAAAACAAAAAAAGUCGCUUGGCUUGUAUCAAACUGCGACGCAAUUAAUAAUCGUUACGAGUACGCCAAAAAAUUACAAAAACACAUACCCCUUGACAUAUACGGAGAGUGUGGUCGAUUACGCUGUCGCGAUGAGGGUGAAUGCUUUAAGAUGUUAAACGAUUACAAAUUCUACCUAUCAUUUGAAAAUUCAAAUUGUCGGGAUUACAUUACAGAAAAAUUAUUUCGAAACGCUUUGGAAAACAAUGUAGUGCCAAUUGUAUUGGGCGCCAGAAAGGAAGAUUACAUCAGGAGCGCUCCAAAAGAUUCUUUCAUCUAUGCGCAUGACUUCAAUAACCCCAAAGAUCUUGCACGAUUUCUCAAAAAGUUAGAUGAAGAUGACGAUAUGUAUAAUAGUUAUUUUAGGUGGAAAGGCACUGGAGAGUUUAUAAACACACAUUUUUGGUGUCGGUUGUGUGCGUUACUACAUUCUACAUAUUCGAACAAAUGGUACAAAGAUGUUAACGAAUGGUGGUCGGGUCCCGGGGUGUGCGACUAGACAAGACUAUUUAAUUAAAGUCUUGUAUAAAAGCCACUCUUUUAUUUAUCAUCAUUUGAAGUGGUUUUUCUACGAAGCAAAAUAUAGAUGCAUGAAGUACGCACGAUAUUGGAAGAGUUAGUGCUUGAUCGCGCACGAAAAAGUGCUACACUCCAAGGUUGAUAAUAAUUUUUGGGUUGCUAUUGUAUUUCAAUCAUAAUCCUCCAACUCCACCACCUACACCACCCACAUAACGGACACGCAUUCUUUCCUACUCCUUUUUCCCGCUCCGUCAUGUCCCACCAUUCAAUAACUAUAGGUACUUACAACAUAUGAACAUACCCUUACUUAAAACCAAAAUUCCCAUUACCUUCGCCAUGGUCAAAAAGCUCCAGGUAUCUUUUCACCCAAUUCUCCGGUCCUAAAGUCCAAACCCACACUUCUAAAUCUCCAUCCUUCUCCUGCGUUAUCCGGAAUGUCGACCGCGACUUUGCAGAACUCGAAAUUUUGCAAUUCAUCUCUCUCCCUAAAAUUACCAGCAAGUCCACCUUAAGGACCUCCUCCAGCACAGUGUCCGCACAUUUAUUAGCAGAUACUAUCCAUGCGAACCAUAUCAUAAUCCAGAUUUUACUCCAAAAUACUCUGCUCCCUAUGUAUUAAGAUUGGUCACAUGUCCUGAAAAUGCCAUACCCUCCUGUAAUUUGAUAUAAGGUGGUAGCAAUUGAAGAGAUAAAUCCAACGAUACGCCUUAAGUGAAAGAACGACGCAAUUACAUUAGGA